AUGAGAGUGAUCGGAUGUACAGUGGUUAGUGUGGUGGCCGUGCUGCUGUUGGCAGCAAUCGGUGGAGAGUGCCAGAUUCAUCCGGAUAUUGUUGAGGAUGCGUUCCUAGAUGCGAUUGGACUGCUGCGUAAAUAUGGUUACCCAGCUGAGGAGCACAUCGUGGAGACGGACGACGGGUAUCUGCUGGGAGUACACCGAUGCCCGGGCAGUCCCUUGUCACCACCUGCGCCAGGGAAACCGGUCGUGCUGCUACAGCACGGUAUGCUUAGCUCCUCCGCCGAUUACAUACUGAUGGGCCCGGAUACGAGCUUGGUGUACAUGCUGGCCGACGCUGGUUUCGAUGUGUGGAUGGGUAAUGCCCGUGGCAACCGGUAUUCGAACCGCCAUCGCUUCCGUAGCAACGUCACGCAACAGUUUUGGGACUUUUCGUGGCACGAAGUAGGCAGCAUCGACAUACCGAACGUGAUCGACUACAUUCUGGUGCGUACGGGCCAGCAGUCGCUACAGUAUGUUGGCCACUCGCAGGGUACGACCGCGUACUGGGUGAUGAUGUCACAGCACCCGUACUACAACCGGCGCAUCAAGAGUAUGCACGCGUUGGCACCGGCCGCUUAUAUGCAUAACACGCGCAGCCCGUACGUUAUCUUCCUGGCCACGUUCCUGUACACGACCGAUCUGAUGCUACAGAUGAUGGGUACCUGGUGGUUCGAACCGACCGAUGAAAUGAAUAUUCAGGGUGGACUUAACAACUGCCACGACGGUGCUCCGUUCCAGGCCAUGUGCUCCAUCAACACGUUCUUGAUCGCAGGCUUCAAUACUCAGGAAGUCAACUCGACUAUGCUGCCCGUCAUCCAUGCCCACUCGCCAGCCGGUGCUUCGGCGAUGCAGAUGCUGCACCACGCGCAGACAAUCCGUUCGCGUAUUUUCCGGCAGUACGAUCACGGUCCAAUGAACAUGAUCCGGUAUGGGCAGCUCACACCGCCCGUGUACAAUCUGGCCAACGUGCAGGCACCGACACUGUUCUAUCACAGUACCAACGAUUGGAUGGCUGCCCCGGGCGACGUGGAGCUACUGUACCGUGAACUGCCGAAUGUAGUGAAGCGCUACCUGGUGCCACUGCCUUCCUUCAAUCAUCUCGACUUCGUGUGGGCCAUCAAUGUGCGGCCACUGCUGUACAACGAGCUGCUGGCUGAUUUGAGAGCGUACGCGUAA